GUAGCUUAGUCAAACUGUACACCAGUGUUUCCUCACCGUGUUCUUUCCUUUCAGAACAUUAAAGUUCUCAGAGAAGAGCUCGUGUGAUGUGAUUCAUGUGAUUCACGUCAUCAUGGAGCCAACUUUGAUCAGCGACUGUCUCAUUCACGUGUUUACAUUCCUGCCGGAAGGAGAUUUAAUCUCUGCUUCAACUGUGUGUAAGGACUGGUAUGACGCUGCAAACACUCCCUGGUUAUGGAGGAGGUUGUGUCUGCAGCGCUGGACUUUCUGUAAUCUCCAUGUUUUGGGGACUGAGCAUAUGAAUAAUUCGUGGAAGAUGUACUUCCUGCGACGAUGCCACCUCGAGGCAAAGAUGGGGAAAGGACGAACAGGAGGUUACACCUGCAAAAGCCUCAGAGGACACACGGGCAGUGUGGUGGGGCUCGUGUACCUGCAGGGGAAUUUAGCCCAGAAUCCGGACCUCCAGAACAGCAGCGCCACAGUCUGCAGUGCCUCUUCUGAUGGUACAGUCCGAGCGUGGAGCAUCCAGAAUGGUGAGCUCCUGUGGUGCACUCCUGUCCAGGAUCCACUGAGCAGCAUCAUCACUGAUGAACAGCGUGACGUGGUGGUCACAGCAGACUCCACAGGUCUCAUUAAGACCUGGCGGGGCAGCACUGGCCAGGAGGUGGCCUCGUUUCCUGCCGGGUCUCCACACUGCACUUUACUUCAGUACGACGUCAACAACGACUGGUUUCUCACUGUUGGAACAGGUGGGGGAUCUGUGUGUACACUCGCUGAUUCAACUCUGUCUAAGAAGUCCAGCGUGAAGGUGUGUGACACCUUCAGAGUCAACAUACUCAAGGUUUCGCCCAACAAGAAAUGGAUCGUAGCUGGAACCAAGGACAAUGAUGAUUUAAGUCCAAAGCUGAUCUACACAGAGAGUUUGACGACUCCGUCUGAGGAUGAAGAUCCUCUGUGCCGGGCGGUGCCAGUCGCCGGGUGCUCGGCUGCUGUCUUCGUCCCCACCCAGCCUGCCAGACUGGCCGUCGUGCACCAAACCGUGCCCUCAGACAACAAAGCCCUCACUGUCUUCGACGUCAGCAUUAAAAAGAGCAAGUACAAGUCGGAGAUCCAGGUCCAGCAGGUGGAGUCCUUUCCCUUGUCCCUGAACACCUGGUCCUCACACGUCCUUCUGGAGGCCAAGGACAGCAACUGCUUAGUGCUGUCGUGUGACCGGGAGCUGUGGGUGUACUCGCUGAAAGGAGCUCUCCUCGCUAACUUUAAAGAGCACACCAUGUCCAUCUCCUCUAUAUGUUUGGACAGCUUCCGUGUGGUGACGGCGUCUCAGGAUCUCUCCUUAAACGUACUGAUGUGGAAAAAUGACCGAGACGCUGGGCUGACCCUGGAGAGCAGAUACCACUUGUUGGGAGGGUCUCACACAAUGUCCAGAGGCUUCACUCAUGUUGCCUGCGACUACACCAGCAUUGUGGCCUCAGCAGAAGGAACAAAUGGGAAAGACGUCUUAAAGGCUUAUUUCUUCACAUCCUGAGCAUUGAACAAAAGAUUAACAUUUGGUUUUAUUAUUCACUCUUGGUUAUAUUUUCUGUGUAUAAUACGAUUGUAUUUGUAGGUCAGUGUACAAAAAAAGAGAGAAGCAGUAUGGCAUUUAUACACUGUCUGUUACAUUAUGAUUAAUGAGAAAAUGACUAUUAUUUUAUGGACCUUAUGUAUAUCAAUAAAGAACGUGAGCAGGUUUAAGGCAUGUUGUAUUGCAAAAAAAACAAUUUUCUUCAAUAUGUUGCCUCCACAACACUAUGGCAAGUUAUAGUCAUAUAUUAACUGCAAUAAACUACACAAGUGCUCAUAUUUA